AUGACUGCAGAGAUUGACCGCAGGGUUAACAAAGCAGUCAACACAAGCAUACGUCCUCUUCAGGACCAGAUGACGCAGCUCUUAACAGCUCUGAACGGGCUUAUAUCAACAGAUAGAGCGACCCCUACGCCGCUUACGAGCAGCGCCCAGCAGAUGCGCAACAAGAUAGAGCUAGAUGCAAGGUAUAUUAGCAGUAAUGCUGAUAUCUGGUACUUCAUCAACUCCUGCCUUGAUAGCAGGCCACAGCAGGUUGUAGCUACCUUCUACGCAGCAGGAGGUCCAGGUGGGCAGAAGGACUCUGUUGAAUUCCUGAAGUACCUUGACCGGACGUAUAAGGACCUAAAUACAGAUCUACGGGCAGCAACCACACUACAAACCCUUCGCCAGCGAGACGAUCAGUCUCUAUCCUCCUUUCUACCCCAGUUUGAGCGAACACUAGCUGAGGCUGGUGGCGCCAACUGGGCAGAUAAAGCUAAGAUAGCCCUCCUUAAAGGGGCCCUUAGUACUCGUCUUAAGAGGGGUCUGAUCUAUAUUGAACUUCCUAAGGACGACUACCACAGAUAG